CCACUCUUCCUUGAGUUCUUUUCACGCAGCGUGGCGAUUGCAAAAAUUUGUUAAUUUUUCGCAUUAUUCGUAUGAAAUAUCAAAAAUGUCGGCUUUAAAUUUAACCGUACGUGUGCACCCCGUGGUGCUUUUCCAAGUUGUGGACGCUUUUGAACGCCGCAAUGCUGACUCACAUCGCGUCAUCGGCACACUGCUUGGCUCUGUAGACAAGGGAGUCGUCGAGGUUACCAAUUGUUUCUGUGUGCCUCACAAGGAGCACGACGACCAGGUGGAAGCCGAACUGAGCUAUGCUCUGGAUAUGUACGAUUUGAAUCGCAAGGUGAAUGCCAAUGAGAGUGUCGUUGGUUGGUGGGCUACCGGCAACGAAGUGACGAACCACAGCUCCGUCAUACACGAGUACUACGCUCGGGAAUGCAACAACCCGGUGCACUUGACGGUGGACACCUCCCUGCAAGGUGGUCGCAUGGGUCUGCGUGCCUAUGUCUGCAUUCAGCUGGGUGUGCCUGGCGGUAAGACCGGCUGCAUGUUUACCCCAAUACCCGUGGAGCUGACCAGCUACGAACCAGAGACCUUUGGCCUGAAACUGCUCCAGAAGACGGUGGGUGUGUCGCCGGCUCAUCGGCCCAAGACCGUGCCACCCAUGCUGGAUUUGGCACAGAUAUCGGAGGCCUCAACGAAACUGCAAUCACUACUGGACCUCAUACUAAAGUAUGUGGACGAUGUCAUCGCACACAAAGUAACGCCGGAUAAUGCUGUUGGGCGACAACUGCUCGACCUCAUUCACUCAGUGCCACACAUGUCCCAUGAGCAAUUUACGCAGAUGUUCAAUGCCAAUGUACGCGAUCUGUUGAUGGUCAUCACACUCUCCCAAUUGAUAAAGACGCAGCUGCAACUCAACGAGAAACUGACAUUCCUGCCAACAGCUUAAUUAAUUUUCUUUCUCCGUUGGUUGGUUGGAUGGUUCUCCGGAUUUUAAGUCAGAUUUAAGAGCAAAGAUUAAUUUACGUACUGUGUGUUUGCCGUUGAUGCGUUUAAGUAAUAAAGUGCUCGGAUCACAAAGAA